GUUGCGCGGGCGCGGCCGCAGUCCCAAGGGCUGCACGGAGCUGAGCGGCGCCAUCAUCUACGACGACCUCCCCUCCGCCCCCUCCAUCGUGCCCGCCCGUACACGCCCGCGCUUUAAACCCGUUCCUCUCGACGGCGAGGAGGUGGUAGGGAUGACCAUGGGCGUGCACCUGUACACCCCCGAGCCCCGGAGCGCCGCGCCCUCCGAGCACCUGUAUCAGAGCAUCUCCUCAGGGAGCGAGACGUGCAGUUACAGCACCAGCGAGGCGGCGCCCCACGACGGGCGCUCCCUUCUGCGCCCGCCGCACCCGCGAGGAGGUCACUGUCCCUCGCCCAUCCUUGCCGACACGGACAGCGAGGACGAGCCCCUGGGUCCGGGGGGCGUGGUGCCGCCCAGCGACAAUGACACGCCCAACACCUCUCCCAACCACUCGCGCUACUACUGCCCGAGUGCGCCCCCGCACCGCCUGUCCCCCGCCGGCUCGGGCUCCGACUACGAGAGCGUGUACUACGUGGGCGGCAUCCGGCGGGAGCGGCCCUUGACGCCGCAGGAGCGAGGCCUUCCUCCCCUGCCCUCGCGCACAGACCGCUUCCGCAUCUACUUCUCGGUGGAGCGCGGCCAGCGGCGCCCCCCGGGCCGCAGGGGUUCCUCGGGGCGGCGCCACAGCGGCCACCACCACCCGCUCCAUCCGCAGCCGCACCAUCCGCCCGAAGCCGAGCCGCUCUACGAGAACCUGACGUAGGCCCCGAGGCGAGGGGCGUCGGCGGACCGCUUUUCCCGCGACAGGACGCUGCCUGUUCUUCGAGGACGGGGCCUGGAGGCGGCUCUCAGUGCAGGAGAGGAGCUCGUCUGAGGCCUGGUCCGGAGGCGCGGGCGGCUGCGUAUCUGUGAUGGCGUGAUGGCAGACUGAUCUCAGGGUACAGCGUUGGAGAGCGACGGCGUUGGAGAACGCGGGACGGCCGAGGAAAAGGGAAGGGAAGUGUAUUCCUCUCCAGGUUAUCUUGCGUUAGCUAUGAGUGUGGCAAGUCCUUGAUAGUUCUUGAACCAUGAGUGAGAAGUGGAAAUGAGUGAACUCCAUAUCAGAAACAACCUGCUUCGUGGAUUGGCACGCAGAUCCAAUUCGUAUGUGAAAGGAGCAUUUUGUAGAUUUGUCUGGCUGGAUCACAGCGUAGGUGCCGAUUAGUGUUGCCUUGAGGAAUGUCUUGUUGAGCCUUUCGGGUGCGCGUGUGUUUCCGCGAGUUUCCGCGGCGACCCGUUCUAAGGCAGACUACGAACAAGCGCGCACGCGAGUUCGGGCCACUCGCCUUGCUUAUGCACAGCUGCUGGAAGGACGGUCAGUAAAGGAAUGAAAACUGCCUCAAGGCUACAGUGAAGUCCCAGUGAAACCGGAAGGAAGUGCAGAGGAAAUCUGAACGUGAACUCGCCAGCCACGAGUGCCAGGAAUCCAGUAACGAAAGCGGCUCCUUCGCCAGACGCCGUUGACUACACGAGGCCCUGGCGAAGGAGGCGCAGGCGACGGCGGAGGCGAGAGGAGGGGGGAGCGUGUCUGUGCCGAAGGCGGACAAACACACGCAAACACACACAAGUAGUUGGUGUUGUCUCAAGGUGCAAUCUAGUCCUCUCGUCCGAGCGCACGCACACACACGCAGCCUCUCACUGGCCGGUAGACUGACCCACCAGUAAAUUCACACAUAUUCCCAAGUGGUAGGCCUAGGCAAAUUCAACCUUAAAAUACAAUACAAAAGAUCUCCAUGUGUACAUUUGCAUUUACAAAAGAUUGUAAGAUUGUAACGUCAAACAGUAGGCAAAAAUCAAUAAAAAGGUAAACACACACACACACACACACACACACACACACACACACACACACACACACACACACACA